AUGGAGGUGUUCGUUGCCAUGUAUUGCGCAAGCUGGACAAACAACGAAAAUUCGAAACAGUAUUUCUCGCUUCCUAAAAGCAUCAUUCAGUUCAAGCUUCAAUCACAGGCGAUGGCACAGUAUCAACACUAUAUUCCUCAGUUUCUCCUGCGCAACUUUUCCCAUCCAUACAGCCCGCAAAAGAAAAAUGGGUCCAAGAAUAGGGGCAAAUUCCGCGCUGAGAAAGGCAAGCGCAGAGGCGAAAAGGUGCUCAAUAUUGUGGACCUGACUUCGGCUGAGCCGCAGUUGCUCGAAUCUCCAGUAUCUCGUUGGUUCGGCCAGGAGGACAUGUACAAGGAUGUCGCCGAUGCCAUCAAAAGCAAGAAGGAUGUGGAACAAGAACUUUCUAAACUCGAAUCUCGGACAGCGGUCAUACUUCAAAAGGUUAAGAAGGCCCACGAAGACAGUGAAGCCGGGAUAUGUCUUACGCGGGUGGAGAGAAACAUACUCCGAAAGUUUCUCUUUAUCAUGAAGUAUCGAGGGCCGGGAUUUUAUGAAAAAUACUCGUCUAAGGACCCGCAAACCUAUGACUCGGAGGACAAAAACCUUCUGAGAGACUACAUGGCCGACAAAGGAAUGACGAGGCCCAGGGACGUAUGGCUGCACAAUCUCCGCACUAUCCUAGACCUCGAUAUGGAUGCAGAGGGAAACUGGAUGACGAAGCUCCCGGAACUCAUGUUCCCUGAAGACGCGGGGAUGUUUAUCUUUCACACCCAAUCAUCCUACAUGGCAUUCUGCACACCCGCUGAGAUACACGACGAGUUCAUCCUCACAGAUCAAUGUUACAACUUGUUCGAGGGGCCGACAAAUGAAACCUUCUGUGCCAGAACGGGCGAGUACCUAGGAAAUACAUAUCUGUCCUAUCACGAUUUCGGACCUGUAUCGCCUAAACUUAUCAUCGUCCUCCGCAGUUGUCUAUUGCCUGAGCCGCUAGAUGAUAUGAGUCCCGAGAUUCAGAAAAGACGCCAAUGGAUGCACGACGGAGCUGCGGCGCAGUUUCCGAACCCAGAGAAUAUCAAGUCCAUCCUUUCUGAUCUGCCAGUAGCGAAAGCCAGCAACUCUUAUACACGUGUCGUCAACGGCAGACAAGAACUCGUGCCAGGCGCGUCGGGAACACCUCGGUCGAAUGACAGAUUUUGCUUUCGAUUUUGGCCAAUUUCUACAAAGCAUGUGGAUACGAUUAAUUCUAUAUUUUUGGAUAAUCUUUUGCAGUGCAGGAGCAUUGUUUUCGGCUCAAACACCCCUUUCAAACGAACACUAGAGGCUUACAUGACCGUAUCCACCAGGGACUUCAAGAAAGUCGGUUGUGGGGAGCGUGGUGCUCGAAUCAGCCGUGUCGCCUGUCUAAAGAUGUUGUCCGCUGUGCUCAGGAUGCUUGGAUCAGACAGCAUACCUAUCUGGUUUGAUAAAGAUGAAGAUGAAAGCAAGCCAUUUGUCCAGUCGUUCGACGAUGUUUGGUUGGAGAUGAUGAAGAAGUUGCUUGGAGACGGCGAUGAGUCCUUCUCAGAAUCGAAAAAUGCCACGUUUUGGCAAGCAUACUACGCACUAGGCGGGUCCAGAGGGUUGUUUGUCCAGGACUUGGACCAGUCAUGGAGACUGUACAAGCUCGCAGCGCUGGUCCAUACGCUAACCAUGAAUCUCGGCAUUGGUCUCAAACGAAAAGCCGGCAUGAACGUUAUUGAAUUUAUACUUCAAACCCACCCUAGACGUGUUUGGUUGUAUAUUAAGCACCGAAGAUGGAUGCUCUCGAAUGAAUAUGCGAUGCAUCAGGAGAGAUAUGUUGGAAGUGCACGUCUAUUCUCCGCGAAAACGAGAGCGCUAUUUAGAGCGGAGCGAGAGGAUGUGGUCGUGAAGGCCAAUCUCAUCAUCAGUCAACGUCGUCUGUCUGAACUUAUCAUGGCGGCUGGAAUUUAA